GCUCCGAGGUUGUCAUUAAAAGAGAUUAAUCCAUGAUUAGAAACAUCAGAAGUUGUGAUUAAAAUUAAAUUCACUCCGAAUUAUACACAUAAUUGCUUUCAUUUACAAAUUGCUUUUAAUUUACGAAUAAGUAGUCUUCACUGAAAUUUUAUUAACGUUAUAAACAUUGCUAACAAAACGUAUUUAAAGUGACAAUAAAAUGAUGUUUGUGGAAAAUAUUGAUUCCGGCCGUUAUACGACGACCUCGCAGUCAAUACAGUUUGGUCCAUGGAAUAUAUCAUACGAUAUUAGUUGUAUACUGCCUAGUGUCUGCUCGACGAAAGUUGUUUGUGAGCGAAAUGAUAACCAGUUUUGUCAAUUUUGUAUAUACUGCAAAGAACUGAGUCUACCCCAUUUUCCUGAUAUGGUGUUUCCAAAAAAUAUUUUGAAAUUGGAACACAAGAGUGGGACUGCAAUACAAUUUAAUCCAUUGGAUGCUUUGCGAAAUGUUUCAACAAAAGCACGAGCUAUUGAAGUAGCUUGUGCUGAAGAAUGGCAAGAAUCACGACCAAAUGCAACAAAACCAAAGAACACAUUUGAUUGGACUUUUUCAACAGAUUAUAAAGGGACUUUGUCUGAAAAUAUUAUCAUAGAACCCACAGAAGAAGCCAUUGAUUUUGAUCUGUUGAAGAGGAAAGAACAAAUUAUUUUUUAUCAUGACCUCACACUCUUUGAAGAUGAGCUCCACGAUCAUGGUAUUUCCAAGCUGUCAGUGAAGAUUAGAGUAAUGCCAACAUAUUGGUAUGUGCUGAUGAGAUAUUUCUUAAGAGUUGAUGAUGUGCUGGUACGGUCCCAUGAGACAAGGAUGUUUCAUUUGCUAAAUAAAGACUAUAUUUUACGGGAGUUUACUGUUAAAGAAGCUAAGGCUCAGGAUAUAAAUAUUCCUACGUAUCAAAUGAAAGAAGCAGAUGACGUUAUACCUUUUCUUCCUGUAAAAGAAAAGAAAAUGGAAAAAUUGAUUAUAAAUUUAGAAAAAAACUAAAGGUAUUUUUGAUGAUCUCAUUGAAUGUAUGUAAAAGUCCGAUAAGUUUAUUUAUAAAGUGCUAAAUGAUAA